AUGAGUGUCCCUGACUACAUGCAGUGCGCCGAGGACCACCAGACUCUCCUCGUGGUGGUCCAGCCCGUGGGGAUCGUCUCGGAGGAGAACUUCUUCAGGAUCUACAAGAGGAUCUCGUCGGUGAGCCAGAUCAGCGUGCGUGACUCGCAGCGCGCGCUUUACAUCCGCUACCGGCACCACUACCCGCCCGAGAACAGCGAAUGGGGCGACUUCCAGACCCACCGCAAGGUCGUGGGCCUCAUCACCAUCACUGACUGUUUCUCAGCUAAGGAGUGGCCACAGACCUUCGAGAAGUUCCACAUGCAGAAGGAGAUCUACGGCUCCACGCUGUACGACUCCCGCCUCUUCGUGUUCGGGCUGCAAGGGGAGAUCGCGGAGCAGCCGCGCACCGACGUGGCCUUCUACCCCAGCUACGAGGACUGCGCGACGGUGGAGAAGCGCAUCGAGGACUUCGUGGAGUCGCUCUUCAUCGUGCUCGAGUCCAAGCGCCUGGACAGGGCCACGGACAAGUCCGGGGACAAGAUCCCUCUCCUCUGCGUCCCCUUCGAGAAGAAGGACUUCGUGGGGCUGGACACAGACAGUAGACAUUACAAGAAGCGGUGCCAGGGGCGCAUGCGGAAGCACGUGGGGGACUUGUGCCUGCAGGCCGGGAUGCUGCAGGACUCCCUGGUCCACUACCACGUGGCGGUGGAGCUGCUCCGCUCGGUGAAUGACUUCCUGUGGCUUGGAGCUGCUCUGGAAGGGCUGUGUUCGGCCUCUGUCAUCUAUCACUACCCUGGUGGGACUGGCGGUAAAACUGGAGCUCGCAGGUUCCCGGGGAGCGUGCUUCCUGCAGAAGCGGCCAACAGACAUCGACCAGGGGCCCAAGAAGUUCUCAUUGACCCAGGUGCGCUCACUACCAACGGCAUCAACGCCGACACCAGUACGGAGAUUGGACGGGCGAAGAACUGCCUGAGCCCCGAGGACAUCAUUGAGAAGUAUAAGGAGGCCAUCUCCUACUACAGCAAGUAUAAGAACGCCGGGGUGAUUGAGCUGGAAGCGUGUGUCAAGGCCGUCCGCGUCCUCGCCAUUCAGAAGCGGAGCAUGGAGGCUUCGGAAUUUCUCCAGAACGCAGUUUACAUCAACCUUCGGCAGCUCUCCGAGGAGGAGAAGAUCCAGCGCUACAGCAUCCUCUCCGAGCUCUACGAGUUGAUCGGCUUCCACCGCAAGUCCGCCUUCUUCAAGCGCGUGGCCGCCAUGCAGUGCGUGGCGCCGAGCAUCUCGGAGCCUGGCUGGAGGGCCUGCUACAAGCUGCUCCUGGAGACACUUCCUGGCUACAGCCUGUCGCUGGACCCACAGGACUUCAGCAAAGGCACUCACCGAGGCUGGGCUGCCGUCCAGAUGCGUCUGCUGCACGAGCUGGUGUACGCGUCCCGGAGAAUGGGGAACCCCGCCCUCUCUGUCAGGCACCUGUCCUUCCUGCUGCAGACCAUGCUGGACUUCUUGUCAGACCAAGAAAAAAAGGAUGUGACACAGAGCCUGGAGAACUACACCUCCAAGUGUCCCGGGACCAUGGAGCUCCUCACCCUCCCAGAUGGGCUCGCGCUGCCGCCGGUGCCCUUCACCAAGCUGCCCAUCGUCAGGCAUGUGAAACUGCUGAACCUUCCCGCCAGCCUCCGGCCACAGAAGAUGAAGAGCUUGCUGGGCCAAAGCGUGUCUGCCAAGAGCCCCUUCAUCUACUCCCCAAUCAUCGCCCACAGCCGCGGGGAGGAGCGCAGCAAGAAAAUAGAUUUCCAGUGGGUUCAAGGAGAUGUGUGUGAAGUUCAGCUGAUGGUGUAUAACCCAAUGCCAUUUGAACUCCGAGUUGAAAACAUGGGACUGCUCACGAGCGGAGUGGAGUUCGAGUCUCUCCCCGCGGCGCUCUCCCUCCCGGCCGAAUCUGGUCUUUACCCGGUGACGCUUGUUGGGGUCCCGCAGACGACGGGGACGAUCACUGUGAACGGCUACCACACCACGGUGUUUGGCGUCUUCAGCGACUGUCUGCUGGACAACCUCCCGGGAAUCAAGACCAGCGGCUCCACAGUGGAGGUCAUCCCUGCACUGCCCCGCCUGCAGAUCAGCACGUCUCUGCCCAGGUCUGCACAUUCAUUACAGCCUUCCUCUGGUGAUGAAAUAUCUACUAACGUGUCCGUCCAGCUUUACAACGGGGAAACCCAGCAGCUUGUUGUGAGACUGGAGAACAUUGGGAUGGAGCCACUGGAGAAACUGGAAGUCACCUCGAAAAUCCUCACCACCAAAGAAAAGCUGUAUGGUGACUUCUUGAGCUGGAAACUGGAAGAUACCCUUGCCCAGUUCCCUUUGCAACCUGGAAAGGUGGCCACCUUCACCAUCAGCAUCAGAGUGAAGCUGGACUUCUCCUGCCAGGAGAAUCUCCUCCAAGACCUCAGCGAUGACGGCAUCAGUGUGAGCGGCUUUCCGCUGUGCAGCCCCUUCCGCCAGGUGGUGAGGCCCCGGGUGGAGAGCAAGCCCGUGAACGCGGCCGAGGGCGGCCGGCCCGGGGAGCCGGGCCACGUGAAGACCCUGGAAGCUGUCCUGAACUUCAAAUACUCCGGAGGCCCAGGCCACGUUGAAGGGUAUUACAGGAACCUGGCCCUGGGGCUGCAUGUGGAGGUGGAGCCGUCUGUGUUCUUCACGCGGGUCAGUACCCUGCCGGCCACCAGCACCCGGCAGAGCCACCUGCUCUUGGACGUCUUCAACUCCACGGAGCACGAGCUGAGUGUCCGCGCCCGGAGCGACGAGGAGCUCGUCCUGCACGCAGGCGAGUGCCAGCGGUAA